AUGACACUCCAAACUAUAAAUAUAUACAGUAAGCUUGAUGAUAACGAUAAUGCCUCUUAUAGAGACAAGUUGUUUGAAAUAAAGCAUUAAAGUCAUGCAAGGUAAAACUCCAGACGAGAUCAAAUAAUGCAGCAGAGUAUGAACCAUCUCUAAGCUUAGUAGUAAUAGCAAAGUGUCAUGAAUUUCCAGCAGACUGCUUCUCCAUAAGCUCAGCAGCAAAUGAUAAUCCUAUCUUAACUCCCACCCGCGUAGUACCUGCAGAUGACAACGAUAUCUAAUUAACAAGGAUAGCCAUUCUAAAACAUUUUACUAAACAACCAAAUAAUACAAUCUAAUAACCCUCCACAGAUUUUUCAACAAAACUCGCCAACUAUCUUUCAAAAUUAAGAAUAAACUCAGUUCAAUGGAUUAAGUUAGCUCUAAAUAAAUCCAAGCAUUAUUUCUCAUCAAUAACACUUCAUCAACUUGCAGCAGUAGAUACACCAGAAUAGCUUGCUCAUGCAGUAAUAGCAAUAGCUUUAGCAGUAAGCCCAAACCCCUAAUAAUAAUACCGGCACAAAUAAAAGAACCUAGAAAGAUAAAGCCAAACUCACCAAAGCAUAAUAGAAAAUCCUUCAGACUUAAAAAUAGGUACUCUUGGAUCCAUCACAAACUCAAAUUCACCAGAUGAUCCAGUAGCAGCAGUAAUUCUCAUAAUAACAGCAGUAAAACCAAGAAGGUGACUCUUAGAAUAUGAAGAAGCAGACUAAAUAGAGUAAGCACGUAUUUAAUUUACAAAGUGAUAGCACUACUUAGAAAGCCAAGAGAGGAAGAAAACCAGGAACUCAAAAUAAAAAGCCUAGCAAAAAGAAGGAGAACUUGGAAAAAUAUGUAAAGCCAAAAGUAGUUGAAAAUGAAGAAGUUGAGAAUACAGCUGAGGACGAAUCUCCAGAAAACGCCUAGGAAUAGGCAGCAAAAGUACAAUCAUCUUCAAACGUAGUAUAGUAGACUAUCGAUUAAACACCAGCGAAUAUUGUUCAUCCUCCACCAACAAUGACAUCAAUGCUAAACCCAAACAUAGACACAAUUAAAUACAGCUCAUAAUAUGAAUCUGCAGAUUAGCUAGUUUUGAGUAAUUUAGAAGAAGAGGCAGAAGCAGAAGACGGUUUAGAUAAGGAUACUCCUACUCUCAGUCCUGUAAAAUCUAAUCAACAAAUUAUUCAGAAUUGUGUUCCUAUAAAGCAGCAGAAUAAUGAAAUGAAGGAAGAAUCAAAUUUGGAAUAAUAGCUUGCUGAUGAAAUUAGAAAGGCAGAUGACUUGCAAAUUGAAAUGACUAAUACAGAUAAUACAUUGACUACUCCAAUUAGAGGCCCAGCAAAACUAAUGUUAAGUUGUGAUAGCGCUUCUCUUCGAAAAAGAGGAAGGCCUAAGGGCUCUAAAAAUAAGUCCAAAAAGGAACAAUCAGCUACAAAAUAUAUUAAAAAAUGA